GGAGCACGUGCUCAACAUCGUACACGCACGUUAUACAUCAGCUUUUGUGUUGUAAUGUUGUAAAUGUACAAGUAAGUUUUUAAAAUGUCGGCUCGGUGAUUCGUCGCGUUGGUUAAGUGUAAUCACCGAAUUUAUUUUGGUUUACAAACCCCCCUCCCCUUCGCAGGGAACAUGGUACAGUCCACAACGCGUCACCCAUUGUUUACAAAUCAACUCGGGUUGUUGGUUAGUGCCGAGCGGCGUGGUGAGAGCGAGGAGCGGCUCCGGGGCUCUCAUUCAUCCCGACAACAGAAUACACACACACCGAAAACCUCCACCCAGAGACCGGACUCAUCUCCGCCACGAUGCCCUGUCGGAAGGAGAACUACAUCUUUCUGGAGCAGUCCGUCACCGUCGACCCCAAAGAGGUGGACGCGCUGGUGACGAAAAUCGGCGAGGCGCUGCAGCUCCACAACAAUAGCGGCGGCCACCAGAAGACGGUGUCCGUGUCCAUGUCCUGCCUGCACGGGCUCACCGGCGGCGGCGCCGGCGGGGUCAAACCGGCGGCGAUCCUCAGCGGCAGCGCGGGAGCUCCGGCGCAGAAACGCAACGGCUGCUGUAUGCGGCUCCGGACCCGGGGGCACCGGGGGAGCAGCAGGGCAAGCCCGUACAACAUCCCCGGAUCUAACGGCGAACAGGACUGGGACCAAAUUAAACCGUGGAACAAAAAGAGGAUCGGCGUGGAGGAGGAGGACGAUCCGCACCGGCUGCUCCAGGAGUUAAUUUUAUCGGGGAAUCUGAUUAAAGAGGCCGUGAGGAGGCUGCAGUUCUCCGCCGCGGACUGUGGAGAUUUCCCCAAGGCGGCGGACAACGUGCCGUGCUGAUAACGUAACGGACGGACCGCGGGGGGGAGCGGGGGGUUUCCGCCGCAGCGUUUCCCCCUCUACCUCCACAGCAACACCGAGACUGUACACACGGACUGUUUAGAGAAUAAAUUUCACAGGACUGGUAGCUAUGUUUUCUAAUUUUCAUCAAGGUUUUUCAUCGAAUUCGUCUGCAACGUUUGCUAGCAGUUAGCCUAGCUGACAUGCUAGCCACCCGGCUAAUGAGCCGUGUUGUUUAUGUUUGAAUGUCUCCUUGUGGGUCAGACGUCCGGGCUGGGGAGGGGGAGGGGGGGGGGGUGGAAGUUAAAGCCACCAAAAACCCACUUUAACAACAAAUAUAUGAGCAGAAGAAGCUAAUUCAGAAUCUUUAGAAGGGCUAAUGUUAGCCUGUAAGAUGUAGAGCUACACAUGACAUGUAUGUUUGUGUGUUAAGAUGGAGUCCUGAACAAUGGCUGGUGGAUGGAGGGAUGGUGGAGUCACAGUGAACAGUGGCAGGAAGUCAUUUUUUAUUCACCACUGCAUUCAGGAAUUUAUCCGGGUUUUUGUGUGUGUGUGUGGGGGGGGGGGGUCUCAUGGCUGAAGUGUAAACUAGCCAUUCCCUGCUUUGGCAGACCUUUAUAAUUACACAGGGGGGGUUAGGUGGGAGGUUUAGUAGUCCAUUUUGUUUACAAUCUAAUGCUGGGUGCAAAGGACCCCCCCCCUCCUCUUUCUCUUCUCAGUGGGUCGUCCUUUAACCCUCAGAGCCGCUCUGUUCACCGGUUUACUCGACCUCAACCAGACGGAUCAGUGAAAUCGAGCCUGUGUGAUGCCGGUGUUUUAGCCUUAAGCGGCUCAGGACGUGUUCCCAGGGUCCCACCGCCGGACGCCACGCCGUGCCUCUGUCAGCGGCAGCUCCACGCCUCUCCUCUGGACGUUUAUUUUGUUUUCAAAGAGGGAACGUGGACACUUCGGACACGUGGAGGAGUGGGGGCAUGGGAACGAAGGAGAAAACACGCCCUGUUCCCACAGGGCUUUGGCUGAUGUGUAACUGUUUGUUUGUAAUGCUCGGGGUGGGUUCGGGGAGGGAGGGGGUCGGCACGUCACAUGACAACACUUCUGUGGUGCUUUCACCUUGUUGGAAUUCCCUCCGGGAGUUCUGUUUGUGUUUUUUAUUUUCUCCGUUUCUUCUCUGUGUAAAAGAAAAAUCACCACGACUGCUUCGUACCGAAGUAUCUGAUAAUGUUCCUGAGUAUUCAGGGCCUCUUUUUUGUUGUUGUUGUCUUAAUAAACACAUUUUUGUUUUUCCAAA